GUCUGUCAUACCUAUCCUGAACUUGUUGUAUCUAAGAUGUAGAAACUACUACUGUGAAACUAAAACUCACAGACUUCAGGAAAGAGUUCCAUUUGUCUCCAAGUCCAAAGAAAUCACCAAACAAGUUGGUUAGCAAGGAUGGCAAUAAACUCAAUUCCAAUGUAAUUAAGAAUGGAAAGAAAUCACAGAGCAUGAAGUUCGAUUCAAACAAAAUCCCAUCUCAUGGCCAAGACAAAUCAAACUACUUCCAAGGCUUCGAACUUUCACGAAUCGAUGAAUCCGAGAAAGAAGCCGUAGACAACGAAGAUGGUGAUUACUUCAAAAUCAGUGAGAACAGUGUUGGCUUUGACACUGAUGCAGAGCUCGACAAUGAUAUGAAAUUGUCCGUCCAGACUCAAGGCUCAGCAGAGAAUAGUAUCAAGAAAAGACCAGGAUCUGUGAACAAAAUCACCAACAUAAAGUCUACAUUUUCUCAAAACAAGUCUCCUAAUAACGAAAAGGCAUGCAGGCUGAUUACUUUGAAGCUUGAAGAGUUCAAACAAUCUACAGGAGCCAAGCCGUCCAAAGACUCCAGCAGCUCUGAAGAGUACAAGGAGUCACCGAAGAGUAAGCCCAGAGUCGUAUCAAAGCACUCUCACAUCUGGCUUCAUAACAUCAAGGGCAAUAGCAUGAAAGUUGCAGAUACGCUCAAGGAUCUAUCUCCAACAAAAUAAGGUUGCUCCUAACAUAUCUUCGUUGGUCAAGAACUUCCGUAUCGACAUUUCGCAGAUUCAUUACAAGAACGACUUGAAGCACUUGGUGUCUAUUUGCGAAGAUGUAAGACAGAAGAAGCUCCACGAAAUCAAUGGAAAUGAGUUCACUCAGUUCCUUGAAGUUCCUGGAAUUAGUAAAAUUCAGAGACUUGCUAAUGAAGUCAAACAAAACCUCGUCCAAGUGCGUAGACGUCGCAAGAACUCUGAAGGGAGUUUAGAUGAACAACGUUCGCUCGUGUACCGAGUUAACAUAUUGGCUCUAAACUUAAAGACAGCUAUUGAAAAAUAAACUUAUCAAGCUCAAAAUGCUUAUCAAGCAGAAAGAAGCUCAUCCAAGAGUUGGAGAAUGAGCUGAGCACGAAGCUGAUAAGGAUUUCUCUAUUCCAGCUAUUUCUCCGACAAACAAGUCCACCGGUAUCAAACUGAAGCCAAAAGUUAGGUCUAAUUCCAAGGCUAAGCCCAAGUUGCUCAAUCAUCGUGAGUUGAGACAAACUCGGCUGCUGAUGGGACUCAAGAAAUCAAUCUAUAAAAACCUUCAGAAUCACGGGUCUUUUAGACCAAGAGACCCUCACUUGGGGGUAAGCCACCACAAAGUUUCCCAAUCUACCAAUUUCGGAUGCCUGAAGCUUCCUGAAGUGAAGUCUCCAAAGAAGUCUCUAAGGAGUAAGCUAAAGGAUAGGCUAAGAACAAAGAGAAGGGUGCAUUUGGAGGACGUCCGAAGGUCAAUUGAGCCACCCAUGAAUCACCCUUUAUUAUUUUAACG